AUGUCGGAUCAAAACCACGCCCCAACAGCGCGCUCCAAGCCGCCUCCGCCGGGCGAGGAAGAAGCCGGCGCGGUGCUGCGGUUAGGCGAAUUCGAAGGGGUCGACACGUUGACGCUAUCGGAAGCGUCGCUGGUGAUUGACGCGUUGAUGCUGAAGAGGCGGAAGGACCGCAAGGAUCGUAAUGAGACCGACGUGUUGAACAAGACGCUGGAUUACCUGGACGCGUUUGCGCGGUUCAAGGAGAAGGAGAAUGUGGAGGCGGUUGAGAGGUUGUUGAGUGCGAGGAAGGAAUUGACUAAGUUUGAGAGGGCACAUAUAGGCUCUCUCUGCUGCGACAGCGCGGACGAGUGCAAGACGAUGAUCCCUUCACUUGCCGAUAAGAUCAGUGACGAAGACCUCCAGGAGUUGCUCGACGAAAUGGCCAAGCUUAUGACCAACUGA